AUUCUUAAUUCUGUCAAAAAAAUAUUAAUUAGCAAAACUAAAAGCAAGGAUAUUUUAUUUAUUUAAAUUUAAAUUAAGUAAAUAAAAUAAUUUUAUCUUAGUAGAGCAUCUUGCACUUUGCGGCCUGCGCUUUAUGCGCAGAUCUACUUCCAAUUCGAAUAUCCAGUACGAAAUGGGUCUUUUAUCAGAUCCGGAGUACGGAUCAGUGAAAUGGGUUAAAGUGCUUAAGAAAAUCCACUUUCCGUUAUGUUUUCUCUGCUAUAUUGGUUCCAUAGUUUGGUUCUUCAUGCUAGCUCAUCGGGAGUUUAAUAAUGAGACGUAUUUUUCGGAAAAUGCAUUAUUGCCGGGGCUGGUUACAAAUGAAUUCAAUGGCGAGCAUUCUGCCAAUAAAUUCUUUACUGAGUUUACACAGGAACUAGAGGAUAAAUAUGACGAUAGUAAUGAGAUGCCAGUGCCUUGGCUUGUAGGCAAGAUGUCGCAGUUAGGUCUGGAAGUGUACACGCAUAACUUCAGCUUAAACUAUCCACUUGGACAAGGACAGACUUACAAAGGUACAAAUGUAUAUGGUAUUCUCCGAGCGCCGCGGACAUCUUCUCUCGAGGCUUUAGUAGUAACGGCGCCGUAUCGUUCACUCUCUAAUCAUCAGAAAGGGACAACAGCUGGCAUUGCUUUGAUGUUAGCAUUUGCUCAGUUUGCCAGACCACAAAAAUACUGGGCAAAAGACAUAAUAUUUCUAAUCACGGAACAUGAACAACUUGGUAUGCAGGCCUGGCUGGAGGCAUACCAUGGUUUAAAAAGAGAAUCCCCCAGCUUCUAUUCAACUCUUGGUAGUUUUUGGCAGCCUGGUGCUUCAGGUUUAGAUUUAGGGAAGCUUACUAAAGGUUAUGAAUGGAUCACGGAUCAUAGUAAAUGCUUGGAUCCUGGUGUUUUGAAGGGACGAUCAGGUUCGAUACAGGCAGCCAUUAAUCUGGAGUUUCAUACACCUAAGUUUAAGUAUAUAGAAGUAAAAGUGGAAGGGUUAAAUGGUCAACUUCCAAAUCUGGAUCUAGUCAAUUUAGUUCACAAAUUGUGUUUGAAAUCUGGCAUCCAUCAUUCAUAUAAAAAUAGUUAUUCCUGGACUCGUAAACCUCAUCACAUGGAUGAAUGGGUUAACAAUAUUUGGACCAUGUUGGGUAUGGUCUCCACACAAAUUGCUGGGGUGCCAAACGGCAACCACGGCCUUUUCCACCGAUUUGGUAUCGAGGCAGUAACUCUCGAGGGCCGGGAGUCAAACGACCCUGCCGGCGACCCUCCGAGAAUGCACACCCUUGUACCAGGGAAUUUCUUCCGACUUGGCAUAGCUUUGGAAAGUAUACUACGUUCCCUGAAUAAUCUACUGGAAAGAUUCCAUCAAAGUUAUUUCUUUUAUAUGCUAGCGGCUACUAAUCGAUUCAUUUCUAUUGGACAGUACAUGCCAUCACUCUGUCUUUUAUGUGGGGCAAUGUUAAUACACGCACUAUGUUUGUGGGUAUCACUACAAAGGGAUGAGGAACCAAUGGAAAGCGAGCCAGACGAAAACUUGACAGAGAUGGCUGAAAUAUUCGAAAACACUGAUCAAGAUGGAGAUAUGAACACAGAUAAUCAAGAGAAAGAGAAAGAAAAUGAACCCAUAAUAAAAAGAAAGAGAGAAAUAUCUGAAAUAAUAGUAACAGAAAAGAAAAAGUUAGAAGUAAACUUUAGUAUAGUUAAUGUGGGUGGUAAUUAUUUAUUCGUACAUGUUCUGGGCUACGCCGUUAUGAAUUCGCCAUUGAUCUUCAGUAAAAUUGGUGCAACCUACUUUAACCAACCGUCCGAAGUGUCAGUCUACUACGGUCUUAUAUCAGUAUCAGUAUUUCUGAUUAUCUUUACGCCAUUUUUAUUACGUUUCUGGUCAACACCACUAAGCUUUGAAGAUAUGUCGAUGAUUAACAUACUGCUACUAAUAGAAUUGUCCACGGCCUGUUUGGCGAUUGGGAUGCACAAUUUUCCUUUGGGAUUGAGUAUUGCCGUGUUGUAUACGCCGCUGGCGUUGUUAGUCGGCGUAGUUGCGGAUGACCGCGGAAGAAGAAGUGCUAUAGCCUUGUUACUCAAGCGGCUUCUAUGCCUCGUCUUGCAGCCGUUGUUUGCGGUAUCCGUCGCGUUGAUUCUGUAUUCCCGGGUUCUGUUCCCGGAGGAAGCAAUUUUGAGCAUGCUGGGCCGAGGUCGCGACGCGGCUAUGCAGGCUGUCAUGUUCUCUAUCGUCGAUUCUAUGAUUUAUGGUAACUGGUUGUUCAAUGUCGGAACUACUAUAAUAUUACCAACAUGGAUUCUUUUUUGGCAAAUACUAUGCAGCAGAGUAAAGGAGAACGUAAACCAAGAGAGGAGUGAGAACGCGCGGAGUGGCGGCAAGGGGAGUCGCAACGUGCGGAACGUAGCAAACUCCGAUGUAGGGUAGCCAAAUGGGCGAGAAUCGGCUGAAUUCUGCAACCUACUCUGCAAGUGUGUCCUAACCCUUACAAAUUAGUACCUAUAUUUAUUAUUAUAAUUUACAUAGUCAUACAAUAUCUCAGGGCCGACUUUUUCAAUCGUCAAAUAACUUUUAUCUGAGGAAUAAAUUUGAGAAUUUGACAGUUUUUGUAUAGGAUAUCUGUCAAUACGGGAAUAAAAGUUAUUUGACGAUUGAAAAAUCGGCCCUUAGUUACCUAAUGGUUGCUUGAGUGGUGUCAUCAUUCCAAAGACUUGAAUAAAGAGCAGUUUAAAUUGAAAACUUA